AUGAAGCUGCGGACAUGCGGCGCCAUCGGUGCCUUGGCUCUCGGCCAACUCGCGCAGCACGCGAGUGCCUUGCCUGCGACCAUAGAGAUCUACUCGGAGCCUUCGAUCGAGGCGUUCCAGGUGGACGAGGAGAAGAACCCUACAAACUUCACCAUGCUGGCCGCCACCCCGUCCGGCAACACCCUCGACCGCUCCGGCUGGAGGGUGACGUGUGACGCCGAGGCCAAGGGCACCGAAUGCAGCAAAUUGGUGGACGGCGACAACACAACCUUCUGGCUGGCCCCGGCGCCCAACGGCACCCACAUCGGCCUGACGCACAACGUCACCGUGGAUCUAGGCACGCAGCAGUACGUCAGCGGCCUGUCGGUCGAGCCGCGCCAGGACGGCAGCGCCGUGGGCCGGAUAUCGCGCCACCUGGUGCUCGUCAGCAACGACGGAAAGACGUGGAGCGACCCGGUGGCGAUGGGCAACUGGUACUGGGACGCGACCAUGAAGGUGUCGUCCUUCAACCCGGAGAACGUGCGGUACGUGCGCCUCGUGGCCAUCAGCUCGGGCGCCGGCAACGCGACGGCCAGCAUCGCCGAGCUCAACAUCUACAAGCCCGAGACGGCGGCGGCGCCCGUCGACGUCUCCCUCGGCAAGUGGGGUCCUACGCUCGACUUUCCCAUCGUGCCCGUGGCCGGGUUCGUGGACCCGCUGACGCACAAGGUGGUGGUGUGGUCGGCCUUCCUCAAGGACAACUUCAAGGUGUCGCCGGGGGGCUACACGCUGACGUCGACGUGGGACCCGUACACGGGGGACAUCUCGGAGCGCAACGUGAGCAACACCGGCCACGACAUGUUCUGCCCGGGCAUCUCGAUGGACGACCAGGGCCAGGUGGUCGUGUCGGGGGGCAGCGACGCGGAGCGGACGUCGCUCUACGACUCCGAGACCGAGAGCUGGAUCUCCGGGCCGGACAUGGUGGUCGCGCGGGGCUACCAGUCGUCGGCGACCUGCUCGGACGGGCGCGUCUUCACCAUCGGCGGGUCGUGGGGCGGCGAACGCAAGGUCAAGAACGGCGAGAUCUACGACCGCCAGACCAACCGGUGGACCUUCCUCAACGGCACCGACUCCACGCCGCUGCUGACGGCCGACAAGGAGGGCAUCUACCGCGCCGACAACCACGCCUGGCUGUUCGGCUGGAAGAACGGCACCGUGUACCAGGCCGGCCCCAGCAAGGCCAUGAACUGGUACUACACGUCCGGCGACGGGAACGUGUCGUCAGCCGGCCUCCGCGCCGACGACGACGACAGCAUGUGCGGCCACGCGACCAUGUACGACGCGACGGCCGGCAAGAUCCUGACCGUCGGCGGCUCCCCCUGGUACCGGUACCACAACGCCACGUCCAACGCCCACGUCGUCACCAUCGGCGAGCCGGGCAGCCGGUCCAGCGUGACGCUCGCGGGCGGCGGGUCCAGAAACCUGACGCUCGCGGGCGGCGGGUCGGGCCACAUGCACUACCGCCGCGUCUUCCACUCGUCCGUCGCCCUGCCGGACGGCACCGUCUUCAUCACCGGCGGCCAGAGCUACAGCUACCCCUUCACCGACACCACGCCCGAGUACACCCCGGAGAUGUACGACCCGCUCUCCAACACCUUCGCCGACAUGCAGCCCAACACCAUCCCCCGCACCUACCACAGCAUGGCCCUCCUGCUGCCCGACGGCACCGUCUUCAACGGCGGCGGCGGCCUCUGCGGCGACUGCGAUGCCAACCACUUCGACGCCCAGAUCUACACCCCCAGCUACCUGUUCGACCGGGACGGGAACCGCGCCGCCCGGCCCGUCAUCAGGUCCGUCCAGUCCGAGGUCCACGCCGGCGACCUGCUCACCAUCGCCACCGGCUCCCCCGUCAAGCCCACCGCUUCGCUCAUCCGCUACGGCACCGCCACUCACUCCAUCAACACGGACCAGCGCCGUGUGCCCCUCUCCCUCAAGGCCAAGUCCGGCAGCAAUGAGUAUACCGCCCAGCUGCCGGACGAUCUGGGUAUCCUUCUUCCCGGUUACUGGAUGCUGUUCGUCCUCGGUGAGGAUGGUGUUCCUAGCCAGGCCUCCACCGUCAAGGUCCUUAUAUGA